GCAGUAUACAGAAGUUCUCAUCUUACGGUAUAGACUCUGUUGACUGUUGGGUAGUACACAUAUGGAUGUUGUGAUUGAUAGCCGGGAUUCAGUGAGUAAUCUUGAUCAGUCCCGUUGGGGCACAAAUCUAGACAAUUUACUGAAUGAUUCAGACGGUGUGGAAUUUUUCAACAAAUUUCUUUCUUAUAAACAUUCUGCAAGUCAUCUUCUUGAUUUCUGGUUUGCCUGCAAGGGCUUCCGGUCAAAUGCUGACUUGUCCAAUCCUGACAAGCUUUUUCAAGUUGCUAAGGUUAUUUAUAGGACUUAUAUAAAGUCAGGUGCUUCACACGCAGUCCCGCUUCCUUAUAUUUUAAAACAAAACAUUAAUGAGUGCCUGUCGUCCUACCAUCAUGGGUACAAAAAAGGCCUCUCUUCCAAUGCUUCUGUACAACCUCCUGAUCGGUGUCUGUUUGACUCAGCACAGAAUGUUGUAAAAAGUCUUCUGGAGCAAAAAUAUUAUCCCGAGUUCCUUACCUUCAUCGCAUGUCCUAGCAAUUUAUUAUGUAUAACUUCGAGUAGACCACUCUGUUCUGACAGAAAAACACGAAACAAGUACCUCGAGUUUCUUUAUUCAGACUAUAAACUGGAAAGUCGUCGAUCAAAUCGCACUAAACACAAGUCAUUUUCUGAAUUCAAUAGGUUUUCUGCUGAUCAAUCUCCUGGCGCCAAGAAUUUUCAUCCCUUAUUCACUCCAGAUUAUAACCUUGCCAAUAAUAAUAAUAAUAAUUGUAAUAUACCUUCGACUUCGGAACAAAUUUCUAGAAAUCCUUUUGUUCGACUGACUACCAGUUGGACAUCUUCAACAAUCCAAUCACCAGUUAUUCAUUCUGCACAACCUGAUCUUCACUAUGAUAAGUCAAGUAAAUCACAUUAUCAUCAUCAUCGAUCAACUAGUCGUCAUCAAUUCCUUCAUCCACUACCUGGUAGUAUUCCUAAAGCGCCUGCAACAGUGAAUGAUUCCAUAUUAACUGAUAGUCAUCUGCAACAAAUAGACAAUCAUGCAAACGAUACAACCCGUUCAAAACGACAACAUGAUGACAACAACAGUUGUGAUAAUCAAUCACAAUUCACAAAUCAACCGUGUUUUAUGAAUAAUAAUAAUAAUAGUAAUAAUAAUCUACAUCCUGGAAACGGAUCAAAUCAAAUAUCGACACAAGCACCUAUUACAUCUUCAUCAGUAAUAACAAUGCAGUCAGUGAAUUCAACAUCGAAUAAUGUUGAUUUACCAUUUAUGCAUUCAGUCAAUUUACGUCAAACACAUCAAUCAGAUAACCUCAUAAAAGAGUCUAAUACUACUAAUAAUAAUGAUAAUAAUCCUCCCAAAAUAAACUGGACAAUAAGAAAACAAACAAAUUUAGCUGAAUCAGAUCCAGUUUCAUUUGUUCAAUUAUUAACAGAUCGAUUAGAGAAAGUAAAAGAAUCACGUGGUAAAUUAGAAAAAUUAAUGUCACUUGUUAAUCAUCAGGUUGAUGAAAAAUAUCCGACAGAAUCUAAAAGUACUCUACCAAUAGAACACACUGAUUCAUAUGGAUUUAUUUCUAUUAAUCAACAUAAUAAUCCAUCAUUUCAUUUAGAUCAUUUAAAUUGGACACAAUUAAAAUCGAAUUCAUUUAUAAAUACUACUAAUAGUAUAAUGAAUGAAAUAAAUUCAUCAACUAUUCAACAAUAUACAUUAAAUUAUCCUCAUAAUACUGGAUCUGAAUUAUUGAAUAGUAUCAAUAAAUCACAAAAUGCUCAAGAAAUAUUAGAUGAUCAUUGUUCACGAAUUUGGGCAGAUGAAUCUGAUGGAAAUAUGGAUACACAAUUAUUAUUAUCAUAUUCAAAAAGACAACAAAAUGAUUAUAUGCAUACACCAAUAUCUAAUCAAUCUUUAUUAAUGACAUCAUAUCCUUCAAUGUUAUGUAAUGAUACACUUGUAAAUUCAAUGAAACAUAAUAAAACUGAUAUUGUAUGUAGUGAAUCUAAUGUUACAGAGUAUGAAUUGAAAAAAUUAACAGAACAAAGUAAACUUGCUACAGUAGUUGUUUCAUCUACAGAUUCUUCUUGUGUAUCUUCAAAUAAUAAUAAUAAUAAUAAUAAUAAUAAUAGGACAGAAAUAUCGGAUAAUUCUUAUCGGAGACGACAUAUUACUGCUUCUGGUGGUAAUGUGAUUUAUCGAAGUUUCAGUCGACCCAAUAAAGCUGAUCUACGGUCUAUCGCUUCAUGGGAUAGUGGUGUUGUAAGUAAUUAUUAUGAAAAGAAGCAUCGAUUACAUCAUCACCAUGAUGAUUUAGAUAUUAUGGAUGAUACAGUUGACACUGCAUCAAUUUUAGAAGCGGCUAGUUUACAAGCUUUAUCAUCAUCCACUACAGAAUUAGCUCUUGUAAAUGGUGAAGUAACUGCCAAACUAGUUGAGAAAAUUAUACGUCAUUAUCCACGUGGAAUAUUCGAUGGUAACGAUAAUUAUGUUAGAAAGAAUCAUACAAAUACAAGCGAACAGUCAUAUUUCAAAUCAAGUCAAUUCAAAGAAACCUCAAAUUUGAAUCAUGCAUAUCCGUUUAGCAGUAGUAGGUUGAGAAGAAGAAGUAAACAAUGUGAAUCUUUUUACGAAUCACCGUCAUCAUCAUUAUCUUACCCAAUUCCUGGUGUUAAUUUGAAUUCUACAUGCUCUGCUAACAAUACUACCACCGCUACUACUGGUACCUGUCAACAACAUCCUGGUAUAAUGAUUCCAUGUGAAUGUCAUCGUUGUAUCCAUUGUACACAUUCACCAUCAGCAUUAAAUGAUCAUUUAUCAGCAAACUAUUGUAAUUGUAAUUAUAUUCAUCAAUUAAAUGAUAAACCUAAACAUUCUACUACUUGUCAUAGUCAACAAUUACCCAUUAUUACUGCUUCAGAUACAUCGAGUACUUUUGACUCAGGAAUAUCAUCUGCAUAUGAUCAACUACCUUUAAGAAAACAAGUAAACAACAAUCGAGAAAAUCGAAGCCAGAGCCUUCAUAGUUGGCAAACAAAUCCUAAUUUCAAGGAUAAACAUCUUUCCACUCCACGAGGAAACCGUACACAUUCUGCGUCAAAAUCCAUGUAUGAGAAUAAUGAUAAUAACAAUAAUAAUAAUAAUGGUGUUACUACUACUUAUACACGUGAAUGCCCUCUAUCAAACUGCCUCAUUUCAUCGUGUUAUGAAUUCGAUUCGAAACAGACAACACCUGGACAACAGUUUGGUCAACAUACUAUGAAUGAUUUACAUUUAUGUGAUUCAUGUUCUUCAGUACAUCAUCAUUAUCAUAACAUUCGUCAUCAUUAUCGUCAUUCUCAUCUUCUUCACCAUCAUUCUCACUGUCCAGAAUUGAUGAUCAAUGAUUUAACUUAUAAAUAUGAUGUGAAUAAUGAUUGUAAAAAGCCAACAAGUGGUAAAUUACUUCAACACUGGCUACAAUUACAACAAAAUUCAUCAGAAACUUUACGUACACCACUUCGACCUACUACUACUAAUACUACUCAAGAUGAUGACGAUGAUGAGCAAAAAAUAAAAUCUUUAUCUUCAGAUAAUGCUGUGUUAUUGUCCUAUGAUAAUUCACAAGCACAAAUGAGCAAAAAUGGUAAAGAACCAUCAUCAUCUUCACAUGGACGAAAAUCACAUCAUCAUCACCAUCAUCAUCAUAGUCAUCGGAGAUCUAGCGCACAUCGUACUGGUAAUAAUAAUGUCAAUAUUACUGCUAAUAGUAGUACUAAUAAUAAGAAUCCUAAACAUUCAAUGAAUUUUGACAAUAGUUUAGAGUCGAACAACAAUAUUCAGCUGAAUUUUGACGAAAACAAUGAUGAUCAUGAUGAAAAUAAUACAAGUACACGUUUGGACUCUAAAUUAUCUUCAUCAUCAUCUGGGAUGAUGCAACAGAGUUGCCAUACUACUUCCACAACUGGUUCAUCAGGUCCUGGAUUAGUUGUCGGUUAUUAUCUGUGCGAUGAUCCUGUUCCUUAUCGAACUGUUUGGACUGGUGGUUCACAUAAUCCUCCUCCAUCUUCUUCCAUUUCUUCCUCUGGUCUAUUUGUUGAAGUUAAUGAUCAGUCAGAAAUUGUGGACAAUUUUCAAACUAAACUGAGUAAUCAAUCUUUGUUAACAUUGGGACAAUUUAAACAAUUGAUUGCUAAAAAAGGUGUUUAUCGGUAAGUUUUUAUGAUGGUCACUUUUUUCUGUGCUUGAUAUUUUGUAAGCUCACUGAAUCUUUUCUUUUUAAAUGACCCUGUUUCUAAGAUGUAUACAUGAAGGAUGGAAAUGUCAGAUUGUAUUCACCUAUAAACGUAGUGGUGACUUCAAUUCUAAGAAAAAAAGCAUGAUGAGAUUUAAGCCAUGUAAUUUUGUUUUCCUCACCAUAAAAGUGGGUCUGGGUAUAUAGAUUUGAUCAGAAAGUGUUUGUUACAAAGGAUUAUGCACUGUUGGUGGUUUAUCAUUAGUUUCUAUGGAAUUAAGAAUGUAAACGUUAUUUUUUCUUUUGUAGAAAUAUGGUGCUUAAGUUAAAUACAUGGACUAAUUAUAGCUCUUGACCUUUUAGAAUACUUGACAAAGAGGGAUAUGAAAUAUUUGAAUUUUUAAGCGCUACACAUUAAAUUGUAAUGUGACAUGAAUUGAAGUGUUUUAUUAUUAUUAUCAUAAUUAUUAUGGUCUAUCUUACUCUGAAUCAUAGUUUUUCUCAUUUACAGUUUACAAUAGAUAGUUGGAUGCUUGAUUUAUAAGCAGUUGACACAUGCACGAUCCCGCCUCACGAGAUUCGAACCCAGAACUCGCUUGCGUGCGGUUAACCAUUAGACAAUAUAUAUGUCUCAACCUUAGUUAAGUCAGAAAGAGUGGCUCUUAGAUUUCAUGUCAAACUGCGGUUGCGCAAUGCUGAGGAUUCCCACAAUAGGACGAAACGGCCAUCUAGUGCUUCCAGGUUUUCAGUGAUGGUCUAACAUCAAUCGACUCAUGAUCUCUACCAAAAACCUAAUAAUCUCCACAACCGUAUACUGAUAAUUUUUGAUUUUUAUCUAUCAAAGAGAAUAACUUUAUUAUUGAAAUUUAUGUCGACGGAAAGGGAUAGUUAACUGUGAAUCAUAAAGAAGGUCAACUUGAAUUCGCCUAUUCCCCACCAACAGUAUUUUAGAAUAUACUUGCUUUUCAAAGUCUUGAAUGCUUCAUGUUGAUCGUUUCAGUCAUUCGGUCACGAGAAACGUAGAACAUGUCACAUAUAUGUAAUCAGUUUAACCUCUCAUUGUCAAAACAAAUCUUAGUGUAGUAACGAAUAUUGGUGGUAAUAGGAAGAUUAGAAAUAAGUAAUAUCAUUCUAAAAGAAAAAAAAUUAUUUCACGGAAUAAAAAUAUAAAAUAAUUUUUGAUACUCAAGUUUUAAGGGAUAAUACAAUUUAACAAAAUGAUUAUAGUUAUCACAUAGACCAAUUCAGGCUACUCCUACCUUUCUUCUAGUCUAUUCUUACACGAGCAAAGAUUGUACUUCGAAGUAGUCACUAGGUUGAAAAAUACAAUAUAUACAUCAGAAGGGGUUUUUGUGGAUAUUGUAGUAAUUUUAACAGGUGAGAUCAUGAGUCAAUUGAAGCUAGACAAAUAUGGACAACCUGGAUGCACUGGAUAAUUAUUUCGUCCUACUGUGGGACUCCCCAGUGACAAUGCGCAUCCACGAUCCCGCCUCACGAGGUUCGAAUCCAGGAGUUAUCAAUCUCGCGUGCGAGCGCUUAACCACUAAACCACUAGACAAUAUAUAUGUCUCAAUUAUAGUUAAGUUCGAAAGAGUGGCUGUUAGCUUUCAUCUCACAUUCUAAACAAUACAUAUUGCAUUGUUCGGACUAGACUUUUUUUUAGUUUUUAUCCUUUAUUAUUGAAAAAAAUAACACCUCUAGUUGUUUUUCUUCUUACACUAUUUUCUCUCUUUUCAUCUUUAUCCCCAAAUCGAUUUUUUUGGUAUCUGGUCUAGUCAUAUAACAAUUAAUCCAUAUUUAAACUACACACACUGUACUAUACCGAAUGUAUAUUUCUAAUCUGUAAUGUAAUUUAUUUUGUUACAAGAGUGAGAGAAAGAGAGUGUGUGUGUGUGUGUGAGGGAGAGAGAGCGCGUAUAUGUGUGUCGAAGAGUAGAAAUAACCUAAUGAUCAUUAUGUAUAUAUAUAUAAAUACAUCAACAGCUGACUACUACUAACCUUACAGUGUGUAAAAAUGCUCUUUACUUGUUAGUUAACCAAUAACUGGACAAAUAUAAACCUCAAUAAACAUUAAAUAUGAACAACAAAACUUAUUCUAUUUCAUGUCAAUUUUCCUGCACACAAUAAUAAAAAUGAUUGUAAAUUAUAAACCCUGACCCCUUUUUGGAUGCAUAUAUAUAUAUAUAUAUAUAUA